AUGGAUGAAACAAUCUUAUCAAAAUAAAAUAACUUCCCUGGUUCUUAUAUUAAGUAAGAUUUAAAGGAAGCUGAUGAAGAACAUAGAAAUCAUAAAGAAUUAAAAGAUAAGAAAUAUGGCUUUUAUUUUUUAUUGUUUUAAGGAUUAGUUUAUUUGAUUACAAUAAUUAGUUUUGGAUUUGGGAAUCCAGAUUAAUUAGGAAAACCCUAUGAUUCAGAUUGUAUUCUAAUACACUUUAUAAGUUAAUAGAGAAUGUGUGUGGAGUUGAUGUAGGGUUAGAAUAAUAUAAAUUUAUAUACUUUACAAAUCCAACAAAUUAGAAGCAUUUAGACAGAACAGUAUGUGUAAAGGAAUGUCCAAUUUUGACAGUAGAUAAUGAUGAUGAUGGUUCUAUAUUUAUUUAUACUUUAGAAUCAUUGCAAUUGUAAUGUUAUCCAAAUAAGGCUAUAAAUUCAUGCAGAAAUAGACCAUCUAUUGAUGAUCCAAAUUUUUCAAUGAUUUAUUAUGAUUCAGUACCAUUUAUAGAUGUUUGCCUUCCAAAGAAAUCUACUUAUUUCAAUAAUAUUCAAGAUGGAUUAAAAUAAUCAGGUAUUAUAAGCUUUUUAUCUGAUAUGAGUAAUGGAAGAGUAAUUAUACUUGCUAGUUUAGCAUUAUGUUUAUUACUAAAGUAAGACAUUAAAUAAUUAAUAAAUCUAGUUAAUUAUUCUAUUUUUUGAUGAUCAAAGUAUAAAAGACAGCCAUUUGGGUGAUUUCAAUAAUAUCAAUAUUUGGUCUAUUUUUAUCUGGGUUAUUGGGUUUGUUUUAUUAUUUAAAACAAUCUUAAUAUUCUGAGCCAUUGAUAACUACAACUAAAUUAACAAAAGACUAAGCUAUAGGUAUGAUUUAAGUAUACGAAUCCAAUAUAACUAUUAUUCUAAUUUCAAGUGUAUUUUUCCUUUUAUUUGGUGUUUAUUUAUUAAUAGAUUUAAUAUUAAAUCGUAAAACAUAUAAAACUAUGGGUAUUAAGAUAUAAAUAGUCAAUUAUUUUUUUGACUUUUCAUCAUCAGGAAUUCAAUAAUAAGAAGGAUAACCAUCAAGAUUCAGAGAAAUUUUAAUAUUAUUAAUGGGUAGUGCAGGUUGUUUAUUGAUUUUCUGUGCAUUAUGGGUAUGGAUGGCAACGUAAUAUAAAUUUAUAAUAUUUUAAUAGUAAUUUAUUUUCAAUAGGAAAAGCAGUAUAAGGAUAUUAUGCUUUUAAUACUUAUUAGUUGAAUUGGACAACUUAUAUUAUGGGAUUUAUUCAUAUUUUUGAAUUGGUAGUAGUUACUUUAGCAAUUAUAGGUAGUGAAUAAAUGUUAUUGAUUGGAAAAGUUGUUGAAGUUUAUAAACAUAUGGGAAUAUAGAGAUAGAAAAUAGAUAGUCAUGAUCCAGAAUUAUCAUUAAUGGAUAUAUUAGAAAUUUAUGCUUUAAAUAAUUUUGGAUCAGUUGUUUUUGGAGAAUUAAUCAUAUUUUUAUUGAUGAUUCCAAGAUUAUUUAUAAAGAUUUAUGUAUGGAUAAGAUAAAAAAAGGAUUCUCAUUAUUAAAUACCAUCUAGAUUAUAAUAGAUAUUGUGCAUAAAUGAUAGAGCAUAUUUAUUGGCAUAUUUAAGAAAUGAUGAAUUCUUAUUGAGUGCUAAAUCUCAAUAUGUUUUUGAUUAAAAAUUGAAAGAAACAACAAAUGUAUAAUAUCAUGGUGAAUAAUUAACAGUCACUUAUUGUUUUGCUGUAGCUAAUUUAUGUGUAUCAUUAACUUACAUAUUAAUUAUUACUACAAGUUCAAAAAUAGGAAUUCAUUAACCAGUAUAUUUUCUUUUGGUUUCAUUUAUCUUUUCUUAUUUCGUAAUUAUAGAUUCAAAUUUGCUUAGAUAUCUGUGAUGUUUUCAACAGUCUAUGGAGCGACAAUUGAUAAUUUGACUAUCUUAUUAUACAGAGACACUACAGCUGAUGGUUAAAUAGUUGGAACAUGUGUAAGAAAUGUAGUAAGAUUAAUGAAAGAACCAGAAUUGAAUGAAUAGACUCAUUAAAAUAAUGGAUAAUAAGAUUGA